AUGUCUUUUGACGGAGAUCACAAGCAAUGGAUUUGUGGAAAGAGUGGUACAGUGAAUUUACAAAGAGUUGGUUCUAUUGUUCAACAUAUUGGGGAGCCUUGUCUUCAUCAGUCACCAAUAAAGGUUGUUGUUACUAUAAACAAAAUGCUUAAACCAGAAAAGUGGCAAACAACAUUUGAUAGUGAUGGAAAGGUUUUUGGUUUUCAGAAAGCACUGAAAUUGAUUAUUUUGGGUGGGGUAGAUCCGUCAAUAAGACCUGAAGUGUGGGAAUUUCUUCUAGGCUGUUAUUCUUUGAGCAGUACAGCAGAUUACAGAAGAAGGCUAAGGGCUGCAAGGAGGGAACGCUAUAAAGACCUUAUUAAUCAAUGUCAGUUAAUGCAUUCCAGUAUAGGCACAGGUUCUUUAGCCUAUGUUGUGGGGACAAAAGUCAUGGACAUGAGAACAAAAACAGAAGAUGAUGAAAGAAGAAAAUCUGAAGUAAAACAAGAACAAUCUUCCACCAUUGAUUCUAAUCUACUAGAAUCUUCCUGCAAUUGCUCUGAUAUUUGUGUAGAAACUUCUUCUACUACUCCAUAUAAUAGAAGUGAAGGGGAUGAUGAAUCACAAUACAGAACUUCAAAUUAUUACGAUUUCCCCCCUUUACCUGUUACAAAUUUAUUUGAAAAAAGUGAUGUAGUGGUUGAUAAUAAGAAUGAAGUUAAGUCAAAGUCAAACGAUGAAAGAGUUUCCACAAGGCGGAAGCUUAGAUUUGAAGAAGAUGAUGAUGAUGGUGAUGGUGAUGGUGAUGAUGAUGAUGAUGAUGAUGAUCAUGUGUAUGAUUUUCAAAUUAAUAACAAUGUAGAUUUGGUAAUGGAAGAGAAUUCUAAAUGUGGUAACAAAUCAAGAAUUGAAGUCACGGGGUCUGAAUCAAGAUCUGGCAAUGUGGAAUAUGAAAUGGAGGAAAGAAAGAACGAUGUGUCUGAAAUUAGGGUUUUGAAAAACACAGUGAAAUCACAUGGAAGAACAAGGAGUCAAGAUAGAGUGUCUGAGUGGCUUUGGACUUUACAUCAAAUUGUUGUUGAUGUUGUGAGAACAGAUUGUCAUCUGGAAUUUUAUGAAGAUACAAAAAAUUUAGCAAGAAUGUCAGAUAUUCUUGCUGUUUAUGCCUGGGUUGAUCCUGCAACAGGAUAUUGUCAAGGUAUGAGUGAUUUGUUAUCGCCUUUUAUUGUGCUCUUUGAGGAUAAUGCUGAUGCUUUUUGGUGCUUCGAGAUGCUUUUAAGAAGAAUGCGUGAAAAUUUUCAGAUGGAAGGAACGACAGGUGUCAUGAAACAAUUGGAAGCACUUUCACAUAUUUUAGAACAUGUAGACAGGGAAAUGUUCACUCACCUUUCACAAAUAGGUGCUGAAAGCCUCCAUUUUGCCUUCCGGAUGCUUCUAGUACUUUUCCGACGUGAGUUAUCUUUCAGUGAGGCACUUUGCAUGUGGGAGAUGAUGUGGGCUGCUGAUUUUGAUGAAUCCUUGGCUUUCAAUCUGGAGAACAGUUGUCCUGAACUUCUAGUCCUACAAAUCCCAAAGGAAUCAACUACAGCCACAGCCACACAAGAGGAAAUUAUUGAGAAUGAAAACAGUGGAUCAAAAAAUGGUGGAUCAGAAUCAAAAUGUGGGAAUUUAGAGCGCUCAAACUCCGAAAAUAAUGGAAUAAAAUCCACUUUAAAUCAUCCCUUUUGUGGAUUGACAAAAAGCUUGUGGUCAAAAAAUGAUCGUUUUCAAAUAUGCACGAUCAUAUCAUCAACGAGGAAUGGCGAUGAUGAGUUGCCUAUUUUCUGUGUAGCUGCAAUUCUUAUUCUCAAUCGCCAUAAAAUCAUGAGAGAAACACGUUCGAUUGAUGAUUUGAUAAAGAUAUUCAAUGACAAUAUGCUGAAGAUUAGGGUUAAGAGAUGCAUACGUACAGCCAUUAAACUCCGAAAGAAAUACUUCUACAAGCUAAUCAAGAAUAGAAGCCCAGCUGCUACCUAUGAUGACUAGUUUGUGAUGCUUCAAAUUUGUGAUCAAAGAUUUUACCUUUUUGUUUUAUAUUGGAAGAGUUCAUAGCAAUGUGCUUAUGCCAUUUCAACAUUCAUCAAGUACGUUUAAAAAUCGCUCGAUUUUUAGUAAAGGAUUAUGAAUUGGAGCCCUAAAUGAUUGUCAUAGGAAGAGGCUGUUCAUGGGUACAUCUUGCAAGGUCAGAAGAACACAAUCUCUUUAUUUGUGUAUUGUGUUUAGACAUUUUUUUUUGUUUUAAUAUUUUGAGGCGAUUAUAGAAGGUUUCACGUUUAGCUUCCAUACAACAUGUAAACUUAGAAUCAAAGAGCUCGUUGCAAUUCUUGCUUUUCAAGAGGAAUAGGUUUUUUUUAUUCUUUUUUCUGUAUAUUAUAGCAUCAUGAUUUCAUUUCUUUCUAUUAUAGUAUUGUACUUUGAAAAAUCUACCCAAAUAUAGCAAUGUCAUUCAAAUACAAAGCAAUUUUCAUUGCUAUAUUGGGUAAGAUUUUACAAAGUAUGAUGUUCUAAGAAAAAAGUUAGAAACUACAUUGUUAUACUAGCUAGCAGAGUUUUAAAAUUACAAUGC